UUGGAAUUGGUGAUGACUUUUCUCAGAAAGUGUAGGGGAAAAUAUUUAGUUGUAAUUGAAGGAAAAGGACAGUGAGAGGUGCCAUAGUUGGGGGACGGCGGUGGGGAGGCACAAAUUGAAAACAAGGCAGUGUGGUUCUCUUUUCAGCUAUUCGUACUCACUGAUUGAGCUUUGUGACGUCACGGUUUCCAGUGUUGCAGAGAGCCAUUCCUAUCACCAAUCAUUAUUCCUAGGUUAAGCUGGGGACUUGAAUGAUGACUGAACUGAGGCCGCGUGAGAAAUUUGGUUUUUUAAUGUGUAUGUAUCCCUAAGAGGAAAUUGUGGUGUGUGGUAACAAAAUUUAGAUUCUCUUUUUUCUUGGUUAUGUCUCUGUCUGGUAAAUUAGAGGGAAAGAUGCUGGACAGUGAGUCAGGAAACUUGAGUGUUCAUUCUGAAAUUGAUGUUUUCUAGCUAUGUGGACUUGAGUAAGUUAGGUAAGCUACCAGGCUCACAUCAGCUUCCCCAUUUGUAGAAUUAAUUUGGGGACCUGGCAUUUUCCUUCUCAAAGUCACGACUUUUCUUUGACAUUAUUGAAUAAUUGUUCUGCUUAGAGGCUUUAUAUUCAUUGUAACAUUGAACACUCACAACAACUUUGUCAGGUAUCUGCUAUUAUCCUUAUUUUAUAAAUAGGUUCAGAGAAGUCAAAUAAGUUACUCAGACGUAUAGCAAAAGGCAAAGUACAUGUUAGAGCUCAAGUUUGUCUGAUUUAAAAGCUCUCUAUUAUAAAGGCCCAUGAUCAGCCAUUUUAACUAAUUGUCCCUUCACAGCACAAACAUGUUUCUUGAAUUCUGUGGAUCCAACCAGAACUAUCUGGAAUAGCCAGAGGAUGGUUUUUUGAUUACAGGGUGGCCAUGAGUUACCAGGGAGCAGGUUUCCCAAACAGUUGAAUGAGGGGAAUAAAACAAUGGGUCAAUUAUCUGACAAACUUUGAGAAUAGGUCCUGGUCUAGACAUCUAUAUUUAUUUUCCUGGGAACUUGAACCCCAUCUGACCCCCAUUUUUCUCCCUCCUCCUAUUCUAUUCCCAGUUAUAUGACAAGGAGGCAACAGAAAUAUACUGGUCUCUUAGCCAAUUUUACUUCUGUGUUGAUAUAAAGAGAGUGGCAGCUUUUCAAGCAAGUGGUAACAUUUCUGAUCACUAUGAAGUGUCAACCACUUAGCCAGCUAAGUUAUUUAAACUUGCUCUUCUCUGUGUAAGAAUUCUUAAGGCUGUUUUUUUGGAACCACACCCCUAGGCUGGGGAAAGUUGCUGCGAGGUGCCAAGAUAUUGGCAAGACAUUAUAUAAGAUAAAUCCUUCAGAAAAAAGAAUUAUGACUUUUCUAUUUACAUUUCUACUCAAACUCAGCAACUACAAGCUUUCCUUUUCAGGUGCUCUUUUAGGAAAUUUACCAUAUUGAGUCUCUUCUCUUUUUAAAACAUGCAGGAUCAACAGGGCAUUUUCCUAAGACUUUUGCACUUUCCUAAGACUAUUACACUCCAUUUGCAUCAACAACAGACAAGGGGAGAAUUUCACUCCAGUUCCAAUAUCUUAAUGGAAGCCCCUUAAAGUAGCUGUAGCACAAUAGAAGUAACAGUAUUGCCAUGAAAAAUACAGACUUGCAGCCUCCUGUUUCCAAAACCCAGGUAUCCCAAGCAGGGCCAGGAAUAGGAUGAGGCAAACAAGGCUCUUAAGGGAGCAAAGUUUAAGGAGGCACUUAUUCAUAGGUGCUGGCCCUGUGCUUAUACAACUCUGAGCACAAGUAUCUCCUUAAAUUCUGCAGUGGGUGGCUCAUUCUUAAGGAGAGGCUCAUUCCCAUGGUCAGGAUCACACAAGAAUGGGUUGUCGUGUUAAAGUGAGUACUUCCUUAUAUUUUGCACCCUAGGAUCUUCCCUCAUCCUAGUCCCAGUACUAAUCCCAAGAGGCCACAGACUCCAUGGAGAGUCUUCAAGACAGCCCCCUAAAGAGAAGAGGGAUGCAGAACAUGGUUCUACAGCACAUGGGGUCCCAUUGCCUGAUUCCCCCAAGCACUGGGUAGAAGGAGAAAUGCUGAGGUUCCCCAUUAUCCUCUAACCUCACUCCUCUAGCUUUAGUGACUGAAGGAAGGAAGGCAGGAAUGAAACACUGUCCUUCUUCCUGGAACGCCCUUCUUAAGUGACUUUAGGCUAGCUCCUUUGGAGAGGCUGAGAUGUCCUAAACCCUGGUGUGUUUGUGAGCAGCCACGUGAAGGCACCACCCCAAGGUGAGCUCUGCUGGCCCCACAGACCCUAGAACAGGAGCUCUGUCUUUCUCAAAAAAUGUUUGAGGACAGUUUCAUAGAAGAAAGUGGCAUAAUAAUUCUGUAGGACUCUAACAUGCUUAGUUAUAUUUCUUCCUCUCUUAAAAAUAUAUAUGAACUAAUACUCUCCAUGACAUAUGUUGAUGGCACUGCCAACCCACUGUCGGGGAUGUGUACUUUGAAAUAUUUUCCAGUGGUGGACAUGGGCUUUGGCCGGUGUGUCCUUACUCUCUCGCUCAGUGAGUCCCUUUUGUGUGGCACUUUUGAAAGCCUCAUAGAGGCCAUGUGUCUAUUGGGAUCAAAACUAUAGCCUUGUCCUCUUUGUCAUUACCCUAACCAAGUGAACUAACCUAAGCUACCAAUAAUGACAACAAUACUGACAAUAGUCACUGACGUAUUUGACCACUUAACGAUGUGCAAGCACAGUCUUGGGCACUUUACAAAUAUUACAUAAUUUAAUCCUUAUACUAAUCCUGUAAGGAAGCUGUCAUUUAGCCACUUUUGCAGAAGAGAAAAAUAGAGACAAAGAAAACUUAAGUAACGGGCCUUGGGUCAUAAAGCUAGAAUGUGGCAGAGUUGGACAUGCAUUUGAUUCCAAAAUCUGUGUUCUUUCUGCUUCCACAAAGCCCCUCUUUAAACAUUUAGGAUUCACAAAAUAGGAGUAAUUCUUACCCUAAUUUGAAAUAAGCUGAAGUAGUGGUGUUCCAACUUACACCUUUGUCAUUGUUGUUUGCCUUUGUAUUCCAGACCCCAGGCAAAGCAAUGGGCUCACUCAGUGCAGCAAAUGCACAGUUCUGCUUUGACGUCUUUAAAGAGAUGAGCUAUGACCACACAGCUGAGAACCUCUUCUUUUCUCCCCUGAGUCUCCUGUCUGCCCUGGCUGUGGUGCUCUUUGGGGCCAGAGGUGACAGUGCAUCUCAGAUGGAACAGGUGCUUCACUUGAAGGAACUAACAAGAGCUGCAAAUGCUUCAAACGCAAAGUGUGAACAAGAUACAGGGAUCCAUUCACAUAUUCAAGCACUCCUCUCUGAAAUCAGCCUGUCUAGCCACGGUCAAGUCCACAUGGCAAGUGGCAUAUUUGCAGAAGCAGCCCAUCCAUUCCUCCCGACAUAUUUAGACUGUAUUGAACAAUUACAUAAACUGAAACCUGAAAAUUUGGAUUUCAAAAAUAAUUUAGAAGGAGCCAGAAUGCAGAUUAACUCAUGGAUUGAACAAGAGACAAAAGGUGAGAUCAAGGACCUCUUGUCACCCAACAGCCUCGCCUCCUCUGACCAGUUGGUGCUGGUUAAUGCCAUCUCCUUCAGAGGGACCUGGAAGUAUGCAUUUCAGAAAGACCAAACGACAGCAAUGGCUUUCAAAUUGGAUGAGUCCCAGAGCAAACCAGUCCAGAUGAUGCGGCUGCAAGGGUGCUUUAAACUGGGCUCCGUAAAGGAGCCUCGGGUCCAGGUCCUUGAAAUGCCGGACGCCGAGGAUCAUCUGAGUAUGGUCAUCGUCCUACCCAGCGAAGACGUCGGCCUGGGGCAGGUUACCAAGGGAAUCACUUAUGAGAAACUGAAAAGCUGGAUAGGCUCGGCCAACAUGAAGGACACAGCUGUGGUUCUGCACCUGCCCCAGCUCAGACUUGAUGAGCGUCAUGAAGAUCUGACUUUCAUAUUGGAGGCUUUGGGAAUGACUGAUGUCUUGGACCACUCAAGGGCUAACCUGUCUGGCGUAACUGCAGGAGGUGGGCUUGUGGUCUCCAAGAUAAUCCAUAAGGCCAUGCUAGAGGUUACAGAGGGUGGCCCAGAGUCCACACUUACCAACCAAACAGGAGAGGUGGAAAAUCCUGAAACCUUCAAGGUGGAUCAUCCUUUCCUCUUCUUUAUCCUACACAAAGAGACUAAGACGAUUCUUUUCUAUGGUAGGGUCUGCAUCCCUUAAGGAAUGGCAUGAAUUUGUACUCAAACAACUUUCUGAUUCUUCAAAGUAGCCAGAUUUUAUGAGCUUGUAGAAUUCAUUCAGUUUAGGUGCAACUGAAAGAGAUAAACCAUGCUUCUUAGCAAUGUUUUUUUUCCAACUAUCUCAUGUAGAAUAUCCGUCCAUCCUUUCUUGCUUCAGUUUAGGCUGGUUAAACAAGUUACAGCAUGCCAUUAACUGUACUUACUAAAAAAUUGUGAUCAGCACCAUUUUUUUCUUAGGUAGAUUUCAACUUGCUCAGAACCUCAUUUAUAGCUAAAACUCAGAAUGUCUUUUUCCAAACAAACAACAUUAUUCAGUAUGAUUAGCUUACCAAGUUAGUUCUUAAGCACUUAAUUACCUCACUUGCAACUGAACUAAUGAUGUUAAUAAGAGGAGCUAACCUUCACUGGGCAUGUGGCAUGUGCCUGGCACUCACCGGAUGACCUGCUUCAAUUCUCACCAAAACCCCGAGAGGCAGGAAUGAUUGUUUUCUCCAUUUUAAAGACGGGAAACUGAGACAGGUUUAAUAACUGAACACACAAGUGGCAAGUAACAGACUAGAUUUCCAAACCCAGAAGGUUUGAUACAAGACCCCUACUCUUGACCACGAUCAACCCUGUCCUCGUCAUAAGUCUGCAUCCUGAGACUCAGAGCCAGGGCCGCCACGGUAGAAAAGGAAGCAGAAAGAAAAAGAAGGGAGUUGCUUUCCUCCUAUGGGAAUGGGCUCAGUUUAGAAGUAACAUUUAUAGAACAUUUUCAAGUUUUCAAAGAAGUUCCAUACUUGAAAUUAUUUAAUAGGCAAAUGUGUUUUAUUUUAUGCUUAUUCUUUUUUCCAUGUCCCUCUCCACUUCUUCUUUUUUUUUCUUUUUUGGUGAG